CGGACUACAAGUCCCAGAAUGCUCCGCAGGGCUGCUGGCGCGCCCGGCCUCUGUCGUAGGUGCGGGCCGCAUGAAUGGGGCGCCGGGCGUAAGGCGAAGCCUGGCACGGUCCGCGCGGCCGCUACCUGCUCCUGGCGCGUGAGUGCGAGGUGUGGGCCGUGCGCGUGCGCGUGCGCGCGACGAGAGCGCCGGCCCGUUACAGGCUCCUGGCUGCUAAGGUUGGUGGCAGCGCCGCGCGCCCGAGGGGCCGGUGGUUGCGGGGCCUCCCGCCUCGACCCAGGCUGCGGGCAGCCGUGGCGGCCGCCGGGGACCGCAAGGGGCGGAGGAAAGGAGGGGGCCGGGCCCGGCACGCGGAGGAACAGCCGAGCAUGCCCCGGGACAACAUGGCCUCCCUGAUCCAACGGAUCGCCCGCCAGGCUUGCCUCACCUUCCGGGGCGGCGGGGGCGGUCGCAGAGCUUCCGACCGCGGCGCGGCGUCUGGCCCCGAGGCGCCGAUGCCGCCGGGCUUCCCGGAGAACCUGAGCAAGCUGAAGAGCUUGCUGACCCAGGUCCGCGCCGAGGACUUGAACAUCGCCCCGCGCAAGGCGACGCUGCAGCCACUGCCGCCCAACCUGCCGCCCGUCACCUACAUGCACAUCUGCGAGACGGACAGCUUCAGCCUGGGCGUGUUCCUGCUCAAGAGCGGCACGUCCAUCCCGUUGCAUGACCACCCGGGCAUGCACGGCAUGCUCAAGGUGCUCUACGGCACCGUGCGCAUCAGCUGCAUGGACAAGCUGGAGGCGAGCGGCGGGCAGCGGCCGCGGGCCCCGCCGCCAGAGCAGCAGUUCGAGCCGCCGCUGCAGCCCCGAGAGCGGGAUGCUGUGCGGCUAGGCGUGCUGCGCUCGCGGGCGGAGUACACCGAGGCCAGCGGUCCCUGCGUCCUCACGCCGUACCGGGACAACCUGCACCAGAUCGACGCAGUGGACGGGCCUGCCGCCUUUCUGGACAUCCUGGCCCCGCCCUACGACCCGGACAAUGGCCGGGACUGCCACUAUUACCGGGUGCUGGAGCCCAUCAGGGCUAAGGAGGCCUCCGGCUCGACCUGUGACCUGCCCCGAGAGGUGUGGCUCCUGGAGACCCCGCAGGCCGAUGAUUUCUGGUGCGAGGGAGAGCCCUAUCCAGGUCCCAAGGUCUUCCCUUGAAUCCGUCGGCGCUCGGGAGCGGUGGGCCGAAGACGCGCCCUAGCAUAUCUGGGCCUGGCUGCCCGCGACCCACCACAAGGGCUUUGUCUUUGCCCCCUAUUCUGGGCGUUGGAUCUACUGGAAUGAGCAGUAGCCUCUUCCUCGGCAGCUUUGGGAAGCACGGGCGAGUGGACCGCAGCCACCGGGCACGGUUAUGGGGGCGGGGUGGGCGGAGAAGCUAGGUUGUUUCCUGGUACAGUCACUGCCACCAGGGCUUUGAUUUGGGAGGAGUGGGACAGGGGACUAUCUGAAGCGCUUCCAUCCUAAAGCCAUAAUGAAAAUAUUCUUCCUCUGUUCCCCAUUCCAUACAAAAUAAACUAAAGCCCCCCCCCUUCGGUAAAUAGGAUUUGUUUUCCACUCAUGCCCUUACACCCUUUUACUCCUUGUAGUUUUAACUUAUUAUUGACUGCGCAUGACCCAGUGGUCAAGUCACUGGUAAAAACUAGGUUUAAAGAGAUGAGCUGUUGAAAGUGAGCUGCCCUGCCUAAAAUUCCUUGUGAAAAUUAAAUCACUUGUUCUGAAUUCAGGGGUCACCCUCAAAACAUAACUAUGCAUGUAGAGGACAAGAUUUAUUUUCUUUCCUCCCCUUGCCCAGUAGUCAUAUCUAGUUUACUCAGCCAGCAUCUACUAAGAAAUUCAGCACCUGCAUCUCUCUGACGUGGUCACUUAAAGCUUAUCUUGCCCAUGAAUCUCCAGAUCUCUGAGUUGAGCAGAUUUCUUGUUGCAGAUUCACUUUUAAUGCAAACACUAUAUUAUCCUCAAGUGACUUUUUUUUUCUUCAUGUACUUUAAGAGGUUAUAGGGUAAUUCUGUAUUUUCUAACCGGAAGAUUCAAAGGAGCUGAAUCUGUUAUGCUUCCAAACAACUGAAUGUAAAACAUUUCCUAGCCAGCUGUUAAAUUCCAUACCCCUAUUUACUUUCAAAAAUUUCCUGUAAAAGUGGAGACAAAUAUUAUGUUGAUGACUGUAAUAUUCUCUCAGGAACUCUAAUGUUCCAGAGGGUUGGUGGUUCCAGCUGUGCCGCUGGCAGUGUUAUCUCAACCCUCUCCCUAAAACGAGAGAGCGAGUGCUUGGUUCGUCUAAUGUGGUUUUCUGUGGGAAGAGAUAGAAGAGACAGAUGAUCAAGGCUAGAGAAUUAAGAAUUAACCAAUACUAGCCAUUUUGGGGCACCAAAACUUGGGAUUAAACACUUCUCACUCCCAACUCUUGAAGUGAACAGUUGUGCUAUCUGUGACUAGUUUAAAUUUUGUCCUUUUAAUAGGCUGAGCAACUUUACCUUGUUUACAGAUGUAUUGACACCAUUUGCUUCAGGCCAUGGAGCACUGUUUCCCUCUUUUUACUAUUUAUAGGAUUCCUUUUUUCACAAAACUUUUAAUAAAAACAAACUGUAGAAAUAAACACAUUAAAAUUUGUCCAGCUGUCGUCUAAGCCCUCUUGAUUGACUUGCCAAUGUGGCAAUAAAGUUCUAAUAUCUGUAAUAAAGGGAGCUUUGCUAUUAUUGAGAGAAAGUAUUUGUUGACCCUGUGGGGAAACAGCAUGUGCCUUUGCCUCUUUAUGCACACUGGGUUACAGAGACCCAGGGUGAAGGAGUAUUUGUUCCCAAUUUUCAAAACAAUUUGAAAAAGCAAAUUAAUUAAUUAAUUUUUUUUUUUUUUAACAAUAAAGAUGCGACAUGCCACUACAUUGUAAAACCUGACACAGGCAAAGCACCAAGCAUUUCCUCCAGGGUUGCUAAAAUUGUUUUAUUGUAGCUUCACAUUCUGGUGUGGUUUAAAAUGCCUUGGGGGCAGUUUGAAGCAGCUCUUCUUGCCAGUCACUUAGAAAAUUAGAUAUGCAAAUGAUUUUCUUGGAAAACUAUAUGUUUAUUUUUUUUCAUAGCACAGUAAUAAAUGUGGUUGUCAAUCACAUACUUUUCUUAAUUGUAGCAAAAAGUUGAUAGUUUACAAAGAUUGUUGAUAGCAUUGUAUUUGUUAAUAAUACAACCUGGAGUACAUUAAACCUGCAAAAACCCAUCCUGGCCACAGGACAGUAAUAAAGGAAGAGUUAUUAUGAAAGACUUCAUUAUGAAAAAAUUUUAAAGUCUCCAAUUACAAGCAAUUUGGAAGAAAAAAACUAAGGUGCUUUUCAAAAGAAUAACUGAAAUUGUUGCAGUCCAGAAGAGCAAUAUGGUAUCUCUAAUUUAGUUCAAUAAGAACAGUGAAGCUUUUGGUACACUAAUAACUAAGUAAAUUAAUGGUGAAAACAAAAUGUGACUUGUUUUAGUGAGCCACUAAGGAAAGGAUAUGCUCAUUACAACGACAAAAUGUGAUGCAGAAAAAAACCUUGCACCUCUAUGCAUAAACUGUUAGUCAUAACUGACUUUAUGUGCUGCUAUUGUGUUUCCAUAUAAUCCUGCAACAUAGAUUAUGUUUUAAUAACAACUGUGGGAUAAAAGUUUUCUUCCCUUAGGAAAUACUAAUGAGCACAAUGAUAUUAAUCACUUAAUUUUUCUGUUGAAUAAUAAAUGCAAUAAUUGCCUC